UUGAAACAAAAACAGACAGCCAGCCCAUUUUUCUUUCAUUCCUUUUAAACACCUUGUACGCAACUUUUUCUAUCUUCUUCAAUCCUUCUGUAAUUAAUCAAAUAAAAACCCCCAACUCAAGAAAAUCAAGAAAACAAACGGAAUCACAAAAUGCCAGGCGAUAGAAACAUAGGCGUGGCCAUGGACUUCUCAUGUAGCAGCAAAAACGCUCUUAAAUGGGCCAUCAACAACUUAGCUGAUAGAGGAGACACUCUCUAUAUCAUCCAUGUCAAUCCCAAUUCACUAGAUGAGUCUCGCAACAAACUCUGGGCUAAAUCUGGUUCUCCUUUGAUUCCGUUGGCUCAGUUCAGAGAGCCGGAGAUUUUAAAGAGUUAUGAUGUGAAGGUUGAUAUUGAAGUUCUUGAUAUGCUUGACACCAUUCACAGACAGAAGGAUGUGACUGUUGUGUCGAAAUUGUACUGGGGCGGAGAUUCAAGGGAGAAGCUUCUUGAUGCAGUUGAAGAUCUGAAGCUGGAUUGUUUGGUCAUGGGCAGCAGAGGACUUGGUACUGUGCAAAGGAUACUGCUGGGUAGUGUGAGCACAUAUGUGAUGACUCAUGCUUCUUGCCCUGUCACCAUUGUCAAAGAACAUGAACCUAAAAAGUAAUGGUGAGCUGCAGAUUCUGGAUUUUAAAUCUGUUUUGGAUUGAUUAUGGGUUUGGUUCUUUAUGGAUGCGUUUUAAUUUAAUUUCUUUUAUACUUUUGUCUCUGCCAAUGAAUAAUUGUGAAUUUGGCUGAUGCCCUUUCGUUUGAUCUAAUAAAUUAACUCCGGGGAGUGGGUGUGGCUCACCUCCGGUCAUAUUAGUACC